GGAAUCGGCGCUGUGUAGUAUUUUGUGUGCAGGUAGUGACUCGGCGGAGGGAUAUAGGAUUAGCUUACUUCAAAGCACAUCAAAGGGCGCGUGGUUUUAUCUCUAUAAGAGCAGACGACACUUUAAGCAAAAUGGAAGCUACGAAAGCGAGCAGACGAGAAAUGAGUGAAAUUGAAGAUUUUGUAAAAGAUUGAAUUUUAAAGAAAGGAUUUCGAAGUGGGACAGAGAUUUAGUAAACUAUGUUGAAUGUCUUGUCCCUCCUGACGGGGGUAUGUGUCUGUGUGGGGGUAGUGUGCGCGGGGAGGGGGACAGCGUUCCGGAACGAUUACCUCGUAUCCGACAGAGCAGAUGAAUACGAUCCAGAAGAUUUCCCUAAUCUGAGCACGAAUGGAGACGAGGAAAUACGAACGCGACCCCCGCUUGACCCCAAAGGCAGCUGGUUAGAAUUCGUUCGCCAUUCAGACAGGAUAAACAAUAGGAAAAUGUCAAAGAAUAAACGGAAGAAAAAAAGGAAAACAUUGGUAAGAAAGACAAGCCAGGGCUCCCUUUUGCGUUCCUCUGAGCCGAAGGCCCAACAUGGCCUCAUUGGUCCGCCCGGCCCCCCUGGCCCCCAGGGACCUCCAGGACCCCCCGGGGCGAUGAUCACCAAGGAGGAAAUGUUGGCAGAGUUUAGAACAAUGGUUAAAGAAGCUGCGGAAAAGAGAGCAGAAGAAUUAUUAACAGAGAAGUGCGAAGCCUGCAGUUCCCUCCUGAACGGAAGUUACGUAUUACCAACGGAAGUGGAUGAGGUGCUGCUCGUACCACGGGUCACGGUAGCAUUCCACAUGCGCCUGCGUAGUAACAUCAUUGUUGCUCGGAGGACUUUUAUGGAGCUGAAAAAUUUCCAUCAGCCAUUUGGUGGGGGAGCUUUCCAUCGAGGGGACGUCUUCAACGCCCGGGACGGCCGUUUUGUUGCACCACGUGAUGGGGUCUAUCACUUUGCUGCUAAUUUGCAUAUUCAAAUUAAGAAGAAAGGUCGAGGCAGCAAACGUUUGAGGAAAAGAGACAACAUCAAGAUCCAAGUGUGCAUAGACUCUCUAUGCCAGAAAAACACGUCCCUGGAGUACGUGACGGGUCUCGAGACCAACAGCAAGCUCUUUACAACCAGCGUCAGUGGAUUGUUGGAGUUAAAGGCUGGGCAGUACGCAUCGGUGUAUAUGGAUAACUCUUCCGGUAUCGUUGUUAGGAUACAGAACGGAUCAGACUUUACUGGGAUUCUCUUCGGCGUCUAGCACUGCAUGCCGGGACAUGUGACGUGACUACCUCUUUGACACUUUGUAAUGCUUUUGAGCAGAAACAAUUUCAAGAUCACGUGACUCAGCACGUUGUCGGAACACUACUGCAUUUACCUCGUAUCACGGUUCAAAGGUUGUGAAAGGAUUGUCACGUGAUCGAGUUCAGCCGCUCUCUGCGGGCUGCUGGUGAUAAACAACAUGGCCACUGACCAGAUCGUGUUUUGUCUGUGUAUUGUUCAGCUAGUCCAUGUUGUGAGAAGACGAGAACGACCUUUAUGAUCACUGGUCACUUGACAAACACGUGACUCGAACGUUGUCCAUAUAAGGACACGAACUGCCAGAAAUCGUCAUGGCGGAUCUGUGUGGGUAUGUUCAAUUCAGAUUGACUGUGAAGUUAAAGAAGAAUGAAUUUAAAGAAUACAUAUCAAGUUGUUAUGGAGCACAAACAAGCGUGUAGAACUCCACGGGUUGAAAUCGACGAAUCCUUGUUGAUAUUGUCGGGCAGUUUAUCGAAAUCCGGUUAUUUCAGGUUUACAGUUGGGCACAUAAUCUCUGACGCAACGUUAGACACGAGACCUUUGAUUGUUGCCCGAGAACUAUGACUUCUGAGCCAAGUGUUGUGAAUAUCUGUUCCACGUAUAUAGCGACAUUUUCACAUCAACGAGGUAUCUCCUUUCAUCUGCCUUACAGUGGUAGCCCGAAGCUUCAGACCACUUCAAUGACCAGCUUGGUAUUCCUGCGUAAUCAGUAAUCAGCAAUCAGUAAUCAGUAAGGAAGCAGUUUCGUGGAAUUGACAGAUAAAGUGAAAUUCUCUCGUCUUUGAGUGACAAUGAACAGCAAGUAACACGUAUCUUGGACACUAUGAAAGCACAUAAUGUUUGUAUUAUAAUUUUUUUGAAGAACGCCAAUUACUAGAUCUGAAGUUUCGGACCACUUCAAUGUCCCGACCCUAUGUGACGUUUAUAUAUGUGUGUACGCUGGGAGUCAUCGGUUAAUAUACUGCAUGUACACGUGAUUUAUGACCUCCUUUAGUGAAUGUAUAAAACUAUUUAUUGUCAUAGGAUUUA